CUGCGUGAGUGGUACUUACAGUACUGCAGCCUCAGGAGAGGUGCUGCUGGAGCUCUUGCUCGGGCUUCCCCUCCUAGGCGGUUGCUGCCCUCUCCCCAGCGGCUCCGAGAGUGGUACGCUCGUCGCUGCAGUCUCCGGAGUGGCGCUACUAGUGUCACGGACCCUGCAGCUGGAGGUGCUGCUGGUGCUGCUGCUGCUGGCGCUGCUGCUGGAGCUGCUAGAGGUGCUGCUGGUACUGGUGCUGGUCCUGCUGGAGCUGCUGGAGCUGCAGGAGGCUCUGCUGCUACUGGCAGUGCUGCUGGAGGUGCUGCUGCUGCUGGCGGUGCUGUUGGCGCUACUGGAGGUGCUGCUGGUGCUGGUGCUGCUGGAGCUGCUGGAGGUGCUGCUGGUACUGGUGCUGCUGGUGCUGGUGCUGCUGGAGCUGCUGGAGGUGCUGCUGGAGCUGCUGGAGGUGCUGCUGGUACUGGUGCUGCUGGUGCUAGUCCUGCUGGAGCUGCUGGAGGUGCUGCUGGUGCUGGAGCUGUUGGAGGCACUGCUGCUGCUGGCGGUGCUGCUGGAGCUACUGGAGGUGCUGGACCUGUUGGCCCUGGAGGUGCUCGUACUGGAGGUACUGGAGCUGCUGGGACUGGAGCUGCUGAGGGGGUUGGAGCUGGAGUUGCUGAGCGGCCGCGGCCGUACUACGUUCCGCUCCUUCAGCAGGUUCUUGGUCUCCCGCCCUCUCCUGGUCCUCCUCCUCCCCUACUGAGUCCACCGCCUGUCCAGUCACAGUCACAGUUACAGCCUGCCUCUCCGCUGCCUGGUCCUUCUCCUUACACUGCACCGACGGGUAGUCUUACUGAGCGUCGUGAGCCUGAGUCUCGUCCUCCGUCGCCUGAGUCUAGUCCAGAGUCGCCUGUCCGGGCUGUCCGCGCUGGUCGUCGUGCUCCGCGUCAGCGUCCUCCUCCUGUCCUUGGCACUCACUAUAUGACCCUGCGUCCUUCCACUGCUCCACAGCGCGUCCCUCUGCCGUCUCCUCCUGCGUCCUCUCUUCCUGACGUUGCUGACCCGCCGUCAGACCUUACUCGUGCUGCCAGUCCUACUGUCGCGCGUCUCCUUGCCACUGUUGUCACUGACCCUACCUUUGAGUCCUCUGCUGCGUCUGCUCUAGUCGCGGAGCUUGUUGACUUUGCUGCCGCCUGUCGUCUAGACUACGCCGCUAGCCUUGUUGCUGAGUCUGAGUCUGUCUGUCCUCCGUCCGUCGGGGGUGAGUGUGCUCUUGGCACGGACGUCCUUGAGGACAGACAGGAGGAGUUUGAGUGCUUUGCUGCUGCUUUACCUCAUCUCGUGUCCGUGCUGAUUGCCCCUGAGGGAGACCCGGAUGCACCAGACAUCCCGACCCCACGCUCCUACGCAGAGGCGAUGGAGGGUCUCUACUCCUCUCAGUGGCAGACAGCCAUGGACGCAGAGAUGGGGUCCACAGGCACCUACGUCGACGAGGUUCCCCCACCUGGGGCGAACAUCGUCAGUGGCAUGUGGAUUUUCAGGACCUUCUCCCCGACCCCGAAGAUGACCACUCUUCGGGUUCUGCUGCACGUCGCUGCUCAGCGUGACUACGAGCUCCACUGCAUUGACUUCAGCACUGCGUUCCUACAGGGCACCCUGCACGAGGAGAUCUGGCUGCGCCGCCCACCUGGCUUCACUGGGUCGUUCCCUCCUGGUACCCAGUGGAGCCUCCGGCGGCCAGUCUACGGUCUCCGCCAGGCACCUCGUGAGUGGCACGACACACUGAGGACUACUCUUGCUGCUCUUGGGUUUGCUCCUUCUACUGCUGACCCGUCGCUGUUUCUACGCACCGACACCACUCUGCCGCCAUUCUACGUUCUCGUGUACGUAGACGACUUGGUCUUUGCUACUGCUGACACCGAGGCACUCGCCCACGUGAAGUCGGAGCUGCAGAAGAGACACACGUGCACAGACCUGGGUGAGCUGACAAGCUAUCUUGGCUUGCGGAUCACCUGGAACAGAGCACAGCGCACCAUCACCUUGACUCAGUCACACAUGGUGCAGCAGGUCCUUCCGCGCUUCCGCUUCAUGUACUCCUCGCCUCAGCCCACUCCUCUGCCUACCGGUUACUCGCUCUCAGCUCUGCCUUCGGAUGAGUCCGUAGAGCCGAGUGGCCCGUAUCCAGAGCUUGUGGGCUGCCUCAUGUACCUGAUGACCUGCACUCGACCUGACCUAGCCUACCCUCUUAGCAUCCUAGCACGCUAUGUCGCUCCUGGCCGUCACCGGAAGGAGCACAUGGAUGCCGCUAAGAGGGUGUUGCGCUACUUGUGCAGUACGUCGGGCAUGGGGCUUGUGCUUGGAGGACGGCGCGACGUUGUCCUCACUGGACACUCAGACGCUUCUUGGGCUGACGACCAGGCUACUCAGCGGUCGUCUCAGGGUUACACCUUCAGCCUUGGCUCUGGCUCAGUUUCUUGGCGUUCUACACGCUCUUCCUCUGUUCUCAGCUCCAUUUGUGAGGUUGAGAUCUACGCCACAGCCAUGGCUGCCCAGGAGCUUCGCUGGCUCACCUACCUGCUGACCGACCUGGGAGAGCGGCCUCGUUCUCCUCCAGUGCUGUACGUCGACAACAAGGCCGCCCUUGCCUUGUGUCAGGAGCACAGACUGGAGCACAGAACAAAGCACAUCGCUCUGCGCUACUUCCUUGCUCGAGAGCUACAGCAGCGUGGUCAGCUUCGUCUUUCGUACGUGGCCACUCGGGCCAACACUGCUGAUGUGUUCACCAAGGCUCUUCAGCCUUGUGAUCAUCAGCGUUUCUGUACUGUUCUAGGCCUUGUGCCUACUGUCCCUCACUUGCUCACUUCUUGA